AAUCAUUCUCAGAAAGCCACGAUGGAGUUCAGAUCAUCAUGUCUCCUUCUGCUCGUCUGCUUUACCAUCAUCAUCCUCACCGACAACAAAGCAGGUGCAGCCAUUCCAACAUGCUGUCUGAGUGUUUUACGCAGAAUCCCUAAACGUGUACUGCGAUCGGUCAGAACAUAUGAGGUCCAGGACACAUCUGGACACUGUGAGAUUAAGGCUCUAAUAUUACACUUCAAGGGGAAGAAAAUCUGUGCUCAUCCCAAACUGGAGAGAUUCUUGAAGAAAAUGCUGAAGCACAAACCUAAAAAGCCUUAAAGGAAAGAGCUUCAGGCUGAAAUCACGGAUACAGACGGCUUCAGGACUCUUCAUCUACAUUUUAUGUCUUUAAAUCUGUUUAUUUUUAUAUAAAAGUAAUCAUGUAAUGUUUCCAGCUGAUGCUUCAGACAGUGUGUGUGGCGAUAUACUGUGUGUGUUACGCUCUAAUAUCAACUAAUAAACACUUGUUUCAGUUUUG